AAAGGUUAUGUUGAUUCAGAAAUAAUGCUAGAAGUAGCAGAUCCAUUUCUGAAGGCUUUGCAGCCAAAAAGCACAGUGCAAAAAUGCUCUCUCCCUGUUUACUUUUAACCUCUGGUUUGUCUUGGAUCUGAUUCUUGGUAGGCAGCGUUAUCUUACAGAAAUUGCAGCCUCUCUCACCACCCCUUUUGUGGAAAGGGUCCUGCCUGUAAAAGCAUGAAAAUGCAUCCUCCUGGAUUGCUGUUUUUCUUCUUAGCAGCAUGCUUCACUCCCACAGCUGACUGCCAAAGUCAGAAGCUAAAAUCCAUGCGGUGCAACGUCAAGACGAUGUUCACCUUGAAUACAGCGUGUACUUCUUGUGCUGCAGUGCCUAAAGUGUUGUGUCCAAGAGGCUGGUUAAAGACCACUCAAAGAUCAGGGGUGAGGGGCUGCAGAUACCCUGUCAAGUUGGGAGAAAAUACCCUUUCCCUGCCAGGGUGCCACCACAUGUGUAAGAAGGAAAUUGAGGAGAGAAAGUGCUGUCCAGGAUUCUGGGGUACAGAGUGCUACGAGUGUCCAGGUGGCUCUGAAAAUCCCUGCAAUGGCCACGGGACAUGCCUGGAUGGCAUACAGCAAAACGGGACCUGCGUCUGCCAGGAGCAAUACAGUGGCUAUGGCUGCCAGAAUUGCCGGGAUGAGAAUCAUUUUGGCCCAGACUGUCAGUCAGAGUGUGACUGUGUGCACGGGGAAUGCAGCAGUGGCACCGCUGGGAACGGGAGCUGCACCUGCUAUGGAGGCUACACAGGCCCCAGGUGUGACCAAGAGCUGCCCCUUUGCAGAGGUGUGACGUGUGAGGCCAACAGCGAGUGUGUGGUGAGGGAUGGAGCAGCCCUGUGUGACUGCAAGCUGGGCUACACUAAACAGGGCAGCACUUGCCAAGCUCAGGAUCCUUGUGCUCCUUCUCCAUGUUCCCCCUUUGCUGUAUGUAAAGUUCUUGGACCACGUACAUAUGAGUGUACCUGCAAAGAAGGAUUCCAAGGAGAUGGAAAGAUUUGCCAGCCCAUCAACCCUUGUGUUGACAGAAAUGGAGGCUGCCCAGAAAACUCUACAAUUUGUGUUUACAGGCGUCCAGGAGAGGCAACUUGUGUUUGCAAGCCUGGAACAAGUAGGAGACCUCCUUCAUCCGAGUGUCUGGCAUUCCCCAGCGACUGCCGGCAGUAUCUGUGUGACCUGACUGCCACGUGUGAGAUUAACUCUCAGGGCACUCCCAGCUGUGUGUGUAAAGAAGGGGAGAUUGGAGAUGGGAGAAGUUGCUAUAAAGACCUCUUGGGCGAGAUAAAUCAGCAAAAUUUGCGAGGAAGGUUUACUCGGAAGCUGAAUGUCGCCAAGAAAAUGUUUGCUUCUGGGUGCUCAACGUUGCUGACUAAAUAUGGGCCCUUCACAGUCUUUGUACCAUCCCUUCUUCCCAUUCUUGAUAGAACUGAAUUCAACGACAGCACUGCUGAGCAGCUGUGCAGAAUGCACGUUGUUCCUGGUCUGCACUUGAUAGAAGACAUGAUAAAAGCCAAGACUAUGUGGACCUUGUCAGGACAUCAGCUGACAUUCACUAGCCAGCCAUACAUCAAAUCUUUCCGGUAUCAAGACUUGCCAGGGGAGCUGUACAACAUCUUACAACCAAAUGUCCCAGCAGCCAAUGGCAUCAUACAUAUUGUCAACAGCCUCAGGAGAAAAACCAGCACUGACAACCUCAGAAACCCACAGAAAACCAUUGGUGAGAUCCUUGCUUCGAUGGAGAUCUUCAGUAGAUUUGAAACUAUACUGGAGAACUGUGGCCUGCCUGCAAUACUGGAUGGACCAGGCCCUUUCACUGUGUUUGUGCCCAGCAAUGAUGCUGUGGAUGGGCUGAGAGAUGGAAGGCUCAUUUAUCUUUUCACAGAGGGCAUAAAUAAGCUUCAGGAACUGGUGAAACAUCACAUCUACACCUCAGCAGCGGUGACCGUAGAGCAGCUGAUGAUGAUGCCACACAUUGUCACAAUGGCUAACCAGAUACUUACCAUCAACAUUAGUGCAGAUGGAAGAAUUCUGAUGGAUGAAUCAGGGAUCCCCUUAAAAAUGCAAGGCAUUGUGGCCUCAAAUGGCAUUAUUCACACUUUGGAUGGCAUCUUCAUCCCUCCUUCAAUCGUUCCCAUUUUGCCUCACAGAUGCAAUGAAGAGCAACACAAGAUUGUGAUGGGCUCUUGUGUGGAUUGUGAGGCCCUCAACAACAGCAUUUGCCCACCUGACAGCAAGGAAAUGGAACCAACGCUGUACCCAAAGGAGUGUGUUUACAUCCAUGACCCACAAGGCCUGAACGUCCUGAAGAAGGGGUGUGCCAGGUACUGCAACCAAACCAUCACGAAACCUGGAUGCUGCAAAGGGUUCUUUGGUCCAGACUGCUUGCCAUGCCCAGGGGGAUUUUCCACUCCAUGCUAUGGCCGGGGAAAUUGCAGCGAUGGCAUUCAAGGGAGUGGCAACUGUCACUGCUUUGAAGGUUUCAAAGGCACAGCCUGCCACAUCUGUGCAAACCCCAACAAGCACGGCGAGAACUGUGAUGAGGAUUGUGGCUGUGUCCACGGGGUCUGUGACAACAGGCCUGGCAGUGGGGGGGUGUGUCAGUCCUGGUCCUGCAAGGAAGGCUACACUGGGAAAUUCUGUGACAGGACAUCCAAGAACUGUGGCCCAAGUGGGCUGUCCCAGUACUGCCACCAGCACGCUGUCUGCAGCCUCAAUGACACAGCCAGGUGCAUCUGCAUGGAUGGAUACACAGGGGAUGGGUUUUCCUGCCAGCCCAUUGACCUGUGCAGUCAGCCAGAACGAGGAGGUUGUUCACAGAAUGCCCUGUGCACCAGCACAGGCCCUGGCACUGCCACCUGCCAGUGCAAUGUGGGCUGGACUGGGGAUGGCAGGAGCUGUGCGCCCAUAGACAACUGCAUGCUGGAGAGCAGAGGGAGCUGCCACCUCAAUGCUGACUGCAUUUACACCGGCCCUGGACAGAGCAAGUGUGUCUGCAAGAGGGGCUAUGCUGGUGAUGGCCACAGCUGUGAUGCCAUCAACCCGUGCCUCAUGGACAAUGGUGGCUGCCAUGACCUGGCUACGUGUGUACCCCUUGGUGGAGGAGAGAGAUCCUGUGUGUGCUCUGAAGGCUAUGCUGGGGAUGGCAUGAUGUGCUACGGGGACAUUCUCAAAGAGCUGGCCAGGAAUUCCCACUUUGCAGGCUUCUACGACUGGGUUAAGAAAUCUCUCUUCAGCAUCCCAGCAGGAGCAAAUGUCACUGUCCUGGUGCCAUCAGAGGCAGCUAUCAAGAACUUGAGCAACGCUGACAAAGAUUUCUGGCUGACCCCUCACACGCUGCCGUUUUUAGUCAGAGCCCACUUCCUUGAAGGUGUCUUCACUGCUGAAAAGCUCAAAAAGCUUGAUGGGCCAGAAGUACCCACUCUCAACCCACAGACCAGAUGGCAGAUAAACACCACGAGUGGUGUACUGACCAUCCAGGAUGCAAGCAUAGCUGUUAGUGACAUCCCUGCCAGCAAUGGCAUCAUCCAUGUCCUCAGCAAGGUUUUGUUGCCAUCCCCAGAUGUCCCCCCAAGCCCUCCUGGCCUGCAGGAGCAGCUCAGCACAGUGGCCUCCUUCAGCAUUUUCAAGGAGUUGCUAGAGGAGUACCAGCUCAUUGGGAAAGUUGAGUCCUCUGAAAAAUACACGAUUUUUGUUCCUGGAAAUAGUUCCAUUGAGGAGUACUGCCGUGCUGCCAAUGUGACCCAGCUGGACAACGAAACAGUGCAGUACCACAUUGUACUGGGAGAGAAGCUCUUGCCUGCAGACUUGAGAAGUGGAGUUCACAAGGAGAGCAUGUUAGGGCUCUCCUACUGGCUGAUGUUUUACCAAAACAGUACUCAGAAGUUUGCCAAUAAUGUUCCUUUGGAUGGAAAAUCCCUUGAGACGAAGAAUGGCAUCCUGAUCGGGGUGUCCCAGGUGCUGCAGGUGCAGAAGAAUCGCUGCACUGCCAAUACCACCACCAUAGUGAAGUCAAGGUGUGGCAAGUGUGACAAGGGGAUCAAGUGUCCUUCUGGAUCAGUUCUUGUGGAACCCCCUGGAAGCAAGAAUCUCGCUAACUGUGGCUUGCGCUCCUCAGGGACAAGAAUAGAUGGCUGCCAUUUCAUCUGUGCAAAAGUUUCUCUGAGGUCCGUGUGCUGCCCCGGCUACUAUGGGCACCAGUGCGAGAUGUGCCCGGGGCGGCCAGGCCGGUGGUGCUCGGGGCACGGGGAGUGCCAGGACGGCAGCCAGGGCAGCGGGGAGUGCCGCUGCCUCGAGGGGUUCCACGGCACGGCCUGCGAGAUGUGCGAGGUGGGGAGAUACGGCGCCGACUGCAGAGCAGAAUGUGCCUGUGACAAUGGCAUUUGCAACGAUGGACUGCAGGGGGAUGGGAGCUGUGAGUGCUUCCCAGGCUGGACAGGCCCCACCUGCCAAGAAAGAAUCAAGAUUGACUUAUGCAACAACACCUGCCAUCAAAUGGCCAACUGCCUCAACAGUUCCACAGAUUCCCUGCCUACCUGCUUCUGCUCUGCUGGCUACACAGGGAAUGGGACCCAUUGCACAGAAAUAGAUCCCUGUACUAUUGACCAUGGUGGCUGCUCCAUGCACGCUGUGUGCACCAAAGUGUCCCCAGGAGAGAGAACCUGUGCUUGCAAGGAGGGCUAUGCUGGGGAUGGGACACUCUGCAUGGAAAUUGAUCUGUGUCUCGAAAACAAUGGGGGCUGCCACACCAACGCAGAGUGCAUCAAAACAGGCCCAAAGAAGGUUGCCUGCAACUGCCUGCCUGGUUACAGUGGGGAUGGUGUGAGCCAGUGCAACCCCAUCAACUUGUGUGAGCAGAACAAUGGAGGCUGCAGCCCCUUUGGGCUCUGCAAGUACACGGGCCCUGGCACUCGGAACUGCUCCUGCUCCUGGCACAGCAUUGGAGAUGGCUUCACCUGCCGAGGCAAAGUGCACCAGGAGCUGGGAAGGAUUCCAGAUGCAUCCAUGUUCUUCAGGAUGAUACAGGCAGAAAGUAUCAAAGAACUCAGCGGGGCAGGGCCUUUCACUGUGUUUGUCCCACAGACAGAUCUCAUAGGAAACACCACAGUGUUUGAGGAGUGGAAGAGCAGAGGUCUCCUCCGGGACCUGCUUCGCUAUCACAUGGUGGGCUGCCAGAAAUUGCUCUCCAGUGACCUGGAAAACCAGGAGUCCCUUACAUCUUUAUCUGGCCACAAGAUAAAGAUCUCAGUGAGCGAGAAUAGCAUCACUCUCAACAAGGAAGCCAAGGUGGUCGCGAGUGACAUCGUGGGUGUGAACGGGGUCAUUCACUUCAUCAACAAGAUCCUCAUUCCCAGUGACCUGGUGGGCCAUAACAUCUCCUCAAAGCUCUCACAGCAGAACAUCACGGAGGUGGCCGAGUCCUUUGGGUACAGGAUGUACAGCAGGCUGCUGCAGGACGCGGAGCUGCUGCCGCUGCUCGGGGACCCGGCGCACAGACCCUUCACGCUGCUCUGGCCCACGGACGCGGCGUUCAGAGCCCUCCCGGAGAGCCGGCAGAGGUUCCUGUACCGCAGGGAGCACCGCGACGUGCUGGCCUCCCUCCUCAAAGCGCACAUGAUCAGGGACACCAAGAUUGUUGCUGGUAAUGUGCCCCAAGUUGAAACCAUACGGACUAUGCACGGCUCCACCAUCUCAUUCAGCUGCAGCAAAACCCACGUGGGGGAGAUUCUGGUGGGGAACAGCGAUGCCACCAUCAUCCAGAGGCACAUGGAGUUCAAUGGAGGCAUUGCUUAUGGCAUUGACAGACUGCUGGAGCCACCAGAUCUGGGGUCUCGGUGUGACGAGUUCACCCUUGUUGAGCUGCAGGGAUCUACAGAGAGCUGUGGACUCUGUGGCUUUGAGCCGCCCUGCCCUGCUGGCUCCGUUCAACGGGGGGAAACCAAGCGCUGCUACUAUUAUGGGAACCACCUGCUGAGGAACACGUUCCUGCUGCACCGCAGCUCCCUGCUGCGGCCGGCCUGGCCCCAGUCCCCGUGGGACCCCUUCAGGAGACACUUCUCUUCCAGGGGGCCUCUCAGACGAGGCUGCAGGAGGAGCUGCGUUUCCAGCCAGUGGCUCCCGCAGUGCUGUGCCAACCACUAUGGCCGGGACUGCCGGGCGUGCCCGGGAGGGCUGGAGGCGCCGUGCAAAAACCGCGGGACCUGCGAUGACAAAAUCGGCGGCUCGGGGAUCUGCAACUGCAGCCAGGAGUUCAUCGGGACGGGCUGCGAGCUGUGCGCGCCCGGCAGAUACGGCCCGGAGUGCCGAGAGUGCAACUGUACUGAGAAUGGUGUGUGCAAUGGAGGCCUGCACGGCGACGGCUUCUGCUUCUGUGCAGAGGGCUGGACUGGGGACCGCUGUGAAAUCAGACUGGUGGUGGCACCCAGCUGCUCUCCCCCGUGCCACGCCCGGGCCGUCUGCCGCGCCGGCAACCUCUGCGAGUGCGAGCUGCACUACGAGGGGGACGGGAGAGCCUGCUCAGUGAUCGACAUGUGCAGCCAGGACAACGGGGGCUGUGCCAGGCACGCACGGUGCUCACAGACGGGCGUGAACGUGUCGUGCUCCUGCGAGCCCGGCUACAGCGGUGACGGCUACAUCUGCGAGCCCAUCGACCGCUGUGCCGACGGCAGGAACGGCGACUGCAGCGAGCACGCCCGCUGCAUCAGCACGGGCCCGAACGAGCGGCGCUGCGAGUGCAAGCAGGGCUACGUGGGGGACGGGAUGCAGUGCCUGGAGCAGGCUGUGCCCCCCACCGACCGCUGCCUGCAAAACAACGGGCAGUGCCAUCGGGAGGCCACCUGCACCGACCUGCACUUCCACGAUAAGACCAUGGGUGUGUUUCACCUGCAGUCACCCCAAAGAAAGUACGACUUCACUUACGAGCAGGCUCAGGCAGCCUGUGCUGCAGAAGGCGCUUCCCUGGCCACAUUCCAGCAGCUGGGUGCAGCGCAGCAGAUGGGAUUCCAUCUUUGCUUGGUGGGUUGGCUGGACAAUGGCACAGCUGGAUACCCCACAGCCUACCCCAACCCCAGCUGUGGGUCCAGCCAUGUGGGCAUUGUGGACUACGGCUUCCGAAGCAACCUGAGCGAGACCUGGGAUGCGUUCUGCUACCGGGAGAAGGACGUGACCUGCACCUGCCGAGAUGGGUUUGUGGGAGAUGGGUACUGGUGCAGUGGGAAACUGCCCGAGGUGCUCGCAGAGCAGGACCGCUUCUCCACCUUCUAUUCUAUGUUGCUUAAUUUUGCCAAUGACACAGAAGAAGGACUGGAUUUUUUCAUGUAUUUGUCUGAUGCCUCUGUUCCCAAAACUCUCUUUGCCCCUCUGAAUUCUGGCUUUGCAGACAAUGAGACACUGACAGGAGAAGAACUGAAGCUCCACGUGUCAUCCAGCAAUGUCAUCCUCUUCAGCUUCAACCUCACGACGGGCACCAUCAUCCCGUCCCAGUCAGGACAUGACCUCCACAUAUCAGACCUCGCAGCGAGCAACAGCACAGAGCACUCAGACGCCAAGGGGAUCAAUGACACGAUGAUUGUGGAGUGGGACAUCCUAGCUUUCAAUGGCAUCAUUCACGUGAUAGCAGAGCCUCUGAGGAUGCCAGCGCCCGUUGUUCACCUUGGCCAGGUGAACGGCGCGGCACGGGGCUCGGGCUCCGUGGCCACCGGGACGCUGUCAGCGCUGUGCUUCGCCCUGGCCCUGGCUGCGGGCGCCGGCGCCGCCUACUACUGCGUGAGGAGGCGGCGGCAGCAGGGGCAGUUCGGGUACUACCAGGUACGGGCGGGCUGGGGGCGGCUCCCGGUGCGGCUGUGGGCUCCGGUGGCUGCGCGUGAGGGGCCGGCACGCCAGGGGGAGCCCGCGGGCGAUAACGGGCGCGCCCCCGUGCCCGCAUUCCGCGCACCCGCCGCUCCCGUUGCAGGCCGA